AUGAAAAAUAUUCCAUACACUUCUGUUGUUAGAAGCUUGAUGUAUGCUCGGGUUUGUACAAGACCUGACAUUGCAUUUUUUGUUGGAAUAUUAGAAGAAUAUCAGAGUAACUCAGUUCAUGACCACUCAAAAGCUGCAAAUAAAGUCUUAAGAUACCUUAAGAAUAACGAAAGUGAUAGUCGAAGCAAGCAUAUCGACAUCAAGUAUCUAGCCAUAAGAGAACAUGUUAAAGAUAAGAAAGUGGUCAUUCAACAUGUUAGCACUGAACUGAGUUUAGCUGAUCCUUUAACUAAAGGCAUGCCACCGCAGAAAUUUAAAGAUCAUGUAGUCAUAAUGGGACUUAGUUCCACAAUAACAAGUCCCUCUAGAACUAGGAUCAUUGUCAAAGCUUCAAAAGUUAUAUCUCAACAACAACAACCUCACCGGGAACUUCCGCCUUCUUUUGGAAAUUUUUCAUCCCUCCAAGAACUUAGUAUGAAUUAUAACUAUCUUGAAGAAGAAAUUCCAUCUACAAUAGCCCUUUUGCAAAAUCUGACAGUGUUCAGAGUGGCGGUGAACCAUUUUUCUAGUGUGUUCCCACCUCCACUUUACAAUCUUUCAACACUUCAACUUCUCUCAAUUAGCCAAAAAAAAUUUCAUGGAGACCUGAAGGAUGACAUGGGGCUUAUUUUUCCUAACAUUCAGAGGCUCUACUUGGGUGGUAAUGGUUUCACCGGUAAUAUACUUGUUUUGAUGUCCAAUGCACCAAAUCUUGUCCAGCUAGAUUUGACAGCUAACAAGUUCACUGGAUCCAUACCCUUAAGUUUUGGAAAACUCAUGGCUCUCCUUUUUCUUAAUGUCAAUUCUAAUCAGCUUAGAAGUGAUGAUCUGAAUUUUCUUACUCCACUAACAAAUUGUAGAAGGCUACAGCUUCUUGAUAUUGCCUACAACCAGUUCACUGGCGAGUUCCCCUGCUCGAUUGGUAAUAUUCCAGCUUUACUUGGAAAACAUCCAACUUUGAAAGAGCUUUACUUAGCCUCAAACCAAUUAACUAGUGAAAUCCCCUCUUCUCUAGGAAACGUUACACGGUUAUUGUAUCUAUCCUUGCAUAAUAAUAGCCUUGAAGGAACCAUACCUUCUGGUUUUGGUAAUAUUAAGUUUUUGCAAGAAAGUGACCUUUCUCACAAUAGCUUAAACGGGACCAUUCCAAAACAUUUCAUUGGUCUUUCCACGUUUUCUAGAACACUUAACUUGUCACAUAAUUUCUUGACUGGUGCAUUACCUAGUGAAGUUGGAAACAUUCAACUUCUGGCUGCACUUGAUGUUUCAUACAACAAAUUGUCCGAUGAGAUACCUAAUGAGAUAGGCUAA